AAAACAGCCCCUCCUCCCUCUCCGGCCAGCUGUAGCAUUUGCAGAGCGAACGUAAUACGCUGGGAGUCUUUCCUCCGCCACCGCACCUUUUCCUCCUUACCCUCUCGUCGGACGAUGAACGUGUUCCGUCGCGGCAUGGCGUCGGUGGCUUCUCUGAAACAGGCCGGCAAGGUCGUCUGCAUCGGCCGCAACUAUGCCGACCACAUCACCGAACUCAACAGCGCCCGGCCGCAGCAGCCCUUCUUCUUUCUGAAGCCCACGUCCUCGCUCCUGCUGCCCGGCGCCGGCCCCGUCAUCCGGCCGAGGGGAGUUGAUCUGCACUACGAGGUCGAGCUGGCCCUCAUCCUGGGCAAGGAUGUCAAGGACCUCGACGCGAACGACGAGAAGGGUGCCCUCGACGCCAUUGAAAACUACGCCCUCAGCAUCGACAUGACGGCGCGCAACAUCCAGAACGAGGCGAAGAAGAAGGGCCUGCCGUGGUCGAUCGCGAAGGGGUUCGACACGUUCCUGCCGAUCGGGGCGCCGAUCGCGAAGGCGGCGAUCCCGGACCCGCACGCGAUCGAGCUGUACCUGACGGUGAACGGGGAGCCGCGCCAGGCCGACUCGACCGAGCUGAUGCUCUUCCGCAUCCCGCGCAUCCUCAGCGACAUCUCGCGCGUCAUGGCCCUCCGCAAGGGCGACAUCGUCCUCACCGGCACCCCCAAGGGCGUCGGCCCCGUCGUCCCCGGCGACGUCAUGCGCGCCGGCAUCCGCGUCGCCGGCCGCGAGCUCGACGACGCCCGCAUCGAGGUCCGCGUCGAGGAGUCCACCAGCGACUACAUCUACGCCGAGACCUGAUGCCGUCGCUGCGACCCGAAACCGGGACGGCCGGGGAGAAGGGAGAGACCACUACGUCUGCGGACCCCCUACCCUAGAAGGUAAUUUUCAACAAUUCCUCUGGGCCCGUUUCUUUUCCUUUCUGCUUCUGUGUAGAUAUAUAUACGAGCGGCCCCAAUUCUUCCACGAGAAAAAAAAGCGCGACGGAAAACUUCACGGCUUACGAUCUCCCACAUCACAUACAUG